GCAUUAUGUGAAUACAGUCGCUGUAAGUCUGUCAUCAAGUGUCAGGUUACCUCUGGGCAUGGCGAAGUCUAGUUUCUGGACCUGCAGGGCUAUGAGGAACAGAUUCUGGACUGUGGUCAAUCUCCAGGGCCUGGAACGUGCGCUUCAGCUCGUGGAUGUCACCUUGUCUGCUCUGCACAGCAGCUGGACUGGCUGCUUCCUGGGACAUGGCUGCAGACUGUAGGACCAAGCAAGGCGAAGGCAUCAGCAUUGGGACCUUAUGGAAAUGCAACCUUUGGGAAAUACAACAGUGAGCCUGGAAAACUGGCCUGAAUCAAAUGAGAAUUAAAACCUGCUGGAAUGCUUAAGUGACCAUGGCCUGGAGGUUUCUCUCUCGCUCCGCUUCUCCCUCCCCGUCUCUGGAGGCUGCUGCAGCAUCAGACUCAAGCCCAGGAGUGAAGGCACUUACCAGACCACAUUCAGCCAACAGUGAGGCUGGGCAGAGAGAAGUACGUGAGUCUCCCAUAUUACCAGGACGUAUCACAUGACCAGAUGAUUGUCAGAGCAGGAAUGAUGCUGAUGAUGAGAGGAGUUUCCUUCUAUCUACAACGAAGUUUCUAUGAGUAAUUCUCAAUUAACAAACAGAUUAAACACUUACUUUCAACAUAUUCAUAACUUUUAAGAAAGAACUUUCCCUUUGACAAUCCCAAAAGGAUUGUGGAAAACAGUGUAAACACCAACAAGGAAAAGUCCUGCUGAUUGGUGGAAACUUUGGAGGCCAGGUGUAUAAAAGGUCCAGAUUGCAAGGGGUCAUCAGAUUCUGGGAAAUUUACCUCUGAACAGAAGCUCACCCUCCACCCCGACACCAUGACCCACUGUUGCUCCCCUUGUUGCCAGCCUACGUGCUGCAGGACCACCUGCUGCAGGACCACCUGCUGGAAGCCCACCUGUGUGACCACCUGCAGCAGCACACCCUGCUGCCAACCCUCCUGCUGUGUGUCCAGCUGUUGCCAGCCUUGCUGCCGCCCAACUUGCUGUCAAAACACCUGCUGUAGGACCACCUGCUGCCAGCCCACCUGUGUGACCAGCUGCUGUCAGCCUUCCUGCUGCAGCGCACCCUGCUGCCAGCCCACCUGCUGUGGGUCCAGCUGCUGUGGCCAAACCAGCUGUGGGUCCAGCUGUGGCCAGACCAGCUCCUGUGCACCUGUCUACUGCAGAAGAACCUGCUAUCACCCCACAUGUGUCUGCCUGCCUGGUUGCCUAAACCAGAGCUAUGGAUCCAGCUGCUGUCAGCCCUGCUGCCGCCCAGCCUGCUGUGAGACCACCUGCUGCAGGACCACUUGCUUCCAGCCCACCUGUGUGUCCAGCUGCUGCCAGCCUUCUUGCUGUUGAUCAAGUCCCAAGAGAACCACCGUCCUCACACAACAACCUUCUGCUCAAUUGACCUAUCUUUUGGGGGACUAAUUUACUUUGCUGCUAACAGCCACCGUGCUCUCACCCAAAUUUUUAUGAAUUCUCUGCAUGUUUAAAAUCUUGGGAAUCUGCUUGAAGGAGGGCAGAACACUUCAUCCUGAUUCUCUUUUACCUUCCACCUUGUGGAUCAUGUGCCAGCUUCGUGUGUUCUCAAUUUGGAGUCAUGAUCUCAGCUUUCACUCGAAAGUCAAGAGUUUCAUUCUCUGCUUCUAAGGAAUUUAGGUUUCUGCAACUGAUCGAUAAACUUUGCAAUUAUAUUUUUAUUUUCAGUAUCCUCCUCAUGGUUCUUGUAUCCUUCUUUCUUCUUUUCAUGAUAACUUUGAGUUCUGUCCCUGGUAGCAGAAAUUCUUUGCUAUAUGUUUCUGAAUAAACUCUGAACCAUCCUCAUCUCA